AUAGAGCUAUAAUAGGUUAAAAGUUGGCUUUUACCCCCAGGAUUCGAGAUCAUUUGAAGCUGGAGAUGCGGAGUGAGUCAGAAGUGGGAUGAUCCAGCCCGUCUGGCCAAUCACUAAGUCGGAUAAUCUUGGCCACGCCUACUCAGGCCUCCCUUCCUUCCAGUUUGUUCGACGAAGGCAGAUCUGCAAAACAGUCUCAAGGCAAGAAAGUACAAGAGAAAUCGCAGACGGGUGGGGCUGACCCACUCCGCAUCCCCUGGAGAAAGAGCGUUCACGGUAAUCAAGUGAAAAGAUGUGCAAGAUAACAACGGUUUUACUGGCUUUGCUAAGCCUGAGUUUCUCCUUAGAAUUAAGCAGCUGCCAUGUACGAUGGAGUGCCAUGGGGAAUAUUUUUAGAAGACUAAAAUAUGCUUUGCCAUCACAAGGAGAUCCUGGACAACCACUGUUUCUAACACCUUACAUUGAAAGCGGUAAAACUGAGGAAGGAAGGCAACUAAGCCUAGUGGAACAUCUUCCAGGACCUAAUGUGAAGAGUUAUUCAGGCUAUCUGACAGUCAACAAGACUUACAAUAACAACCUUUUCUUCUGGUUCUUUCCUGCUCAGGUUCAGCCAGAAAAGGCUCCUGUCUUACUUUGGCUCCAAGGUGGACCUGGAGGAACAUCUAUGUUUGGCCUCUUUGUUGAACAUGGACCCUAUGUUGUUCAGAAGAACCUCUCCUUGACUGAACGAAAGUUUCCUUGGACCUCUAAAUUCUCCAUGCUGUAUAUUGACAAUCCAGUUGGAACUGGCUUCAGUUUUACAGAUGAUCCAAAAGGAUAUGCAAAGAACGAGGUUGAUGUAGGAAGAGAUUUGUAUAGUGCGAUUGUUCAGUUUUUCCAGCUUUUUCCUGAUUAUCAGAAAAAUGACUUCUAUGCAACAGGAGAAUCUUAUGCAGGAAAAUAUGUGCCAGCCAUUGGAUAUUAUAUUCAUAGCAAUAAUCCUACAGCAAAGAUAAAGAUCAAUUUCAAAGGUGUUGCCAUUGGAGAUGGUCUUUGUGACCCUGAAGUGAUGCUGGGAGGUUAUGCAGAAUUCUUAUAUCAAAUUGGCUUGGUAGAUGAGAAGCAGAGGAUAUAUGUCCAGAAUCAGACUAAUCUGGGACAAAAAUACAUCCAGCAGAAGAAAUGGAAAGAAGCCUUUGAAGUAUUUGAUACUCUGUUGAAUGGUGAUAAAACUGGAAGUUCUCCUUAUAUUCAGACUGUUACAGGAUGUAGCAACUAUUUCAAUUUCUUGCAGUGUGAAGAGCCUGAAGAUCAGGAAUAUUUUGGAAAGCUAUUAUCAUUGCCAAACAUAAGAAAAUCUAUCCAUGUUGGAAAUUUGACCUUCCAUGAUGGUUCUAUCGUUGAGGAGCACUUGAUUGAAGAUGUAAUGAAGACAAUAAAACCUUGGUUGGCUGUUUUAAUGGAUCAUUAUAGAGUUCUCUUAUACAAUGGGCAACUUGAUAUCAUUGUGGCAGCUCCACUUACUGAACGAUUUCUCCCCACUGUGCCAUGGGGCAAAGUGAAAGAAUACAAAAAUGCUGAGAGAAUUGUAUGGCGAAUACAUGAUAAAGAUCCCGAGGUUGCUGGCUAUGUACGCCAAGUGGGUGAAUUCUAUCAGGUCAUUGUUCGAGGAGGAGGACACAUCUUGCCUUAUGACCAACCAGAAAGGGCUCUGGAUAUGAUGGAUAGAUUUAUCAUGGGAAAAGAAUGGAAACAAAGCAGAUAUGGAAAAUAAAACCUGACUAUUGAAAUCCUUUGGAAAGUUCUCAAGAGAUUGCAUUGACAGUAUUGAUCAGAGGAACUGAUGAAGUAUUAUUGGAGCUUUUUUCCCAUUUUUGGAAAAACUAUUUUAAUCCGUAAUUAAGCUAUUCGUCUAAUUUGAAUAUUUUGUUCUCAAAAUAAACAUCACACAUCUCUGUCUCUAUUUCAUUCUGUUUCUCCAGAUAUUCUUGUCCUGAAUAACAAAACCCAAAGUAGAUAAUUCUUACAGCCAUUUCCUACCUUUUUGUUUUGUGAAAUGAUGGGCAUUUUAUGAGCAGCAUCCAUGGAAGACAUCAAAAUGAUGGGUCAAAAUGAUGCAAAUUGUGUACUGUAAUUUUUUUUUAUUAUCUUCAUGUGAACCUUAGUUGAGGGAAUGACAAUUUUUUUUCUAUUCUGCCUUGGGGGCAUAUAACAGAACCUUUACAAUUGAUUUCCAGCACAACCUGUGCUCCUAUAAGAAACACUGCAUUCACACUGGGAUUGUUAAAGAAUUAUUUUAUUCAAACAAUUGAUGCUAAUGUAACGUUAAAAGCCUAUAAACACUUAAUAUAAUUUUUAAUUCAAUUUUUAUGAAGAUGGGUCAAUAGAGCAAAAAAACUUUUUUAAAAGCAUUUAUUAGCAGUUGAACAGCCCAAACUCAAUGGAUUUUUCUUCCAAUUAAGGAAAUUGCUAGAAUUGCUAAAAUUUAUGUAAACUUCUUGGGAAGUAUUUCUUACUGAACUGUAGAAGGCAUACUUCUACAUAAACAAGAAAUGUGUUGUACAUGUUCCACCUGACCUAAAUGAAAUACAUUAUUUUGAAUUCAUGGAAGGAAGGUUGACUAUAAAUCAUGCAAUAAAAGAAAGGUAGUAACUAUGUGAUCAUAUAUCUACCUUUGUGUUUGUUUACAUAUCUUUCAGCAAAGUAAUUUGCAAUUUAUUUUUUCCAUUUAAAAUUUGAAUGUUACAAUAAAGGUGGACAAUUUUAGUAGGGUAUAUCCUUGAUUGAAUUGGACACGUAUAGUCUUUACACCAAUCACUAAUUUUCCUUUCAGAUUUAACAAAAUCAGGAGACAAGCCCUCAUAAUCCUGACUUUUUCUACAUGAACCUUUUUUUUUCUUAAUAGAAUCCUUUGGAGGGGAAAGAGAAAAAAAAGAUAAAAGGAUUGAUACAAAAGAACAGACGAGGAAGAGGAUCUAAAAUUCUGUGAAGGAGGCAGGCCAGUUUCAAUUACAUUAUAAAACUUGUCUGGAAUCUUGUUAUUUAAGAAAAUUCUGCAUAUCUUAAAUAAUUCAUGUUUUGGCUUUCUGUUUUGAUUUUGGUGGCUACAUCUUUUCCCUCUUAUCAAUCUUACUAAUACUUGCACUCUGUAACUGAAGUUACAGCAGGUAUGGGGACAGAGUCAUCUGUUUCUCUAAAUUCAGAUCUUAAGUAGCUUCUGGUUCAUUGUAAAUAAUAAACAAAUGUAAAGAAUAGUUGAGUUUUCUGGCAUACCAUUAUUUUUAAUGUAUUUCACAUUCUGACAUGAUCGGCACAAUCAGAUAUCUUGCUGAAGUAAAGUAACUAGUAAUUAAAGCAAAAGGAAACCACUUCCUGAAAUAGUCAUGCUUUCUUAAUUGUUUUUCAUAUGUUAGAUACUGAGCGUUAUGGGGUUCCCCAUUUCUAAAACUGUACAUUUGGCAUUUCUAGGUCCAUGCAUAGUUCUUUUCCCUUUGUAAGAGCAUAAGCAAAACUUGACAUGCAUGAAGAAUUUGUGGAAUGGUUUGAUAAUUUACAGACUGAACCACUGAACUCUUCCCCACCAAUCAAAGGCAUCUAGUAUGUGUGUGUUUGUCAAGGCAGUGCAAAUGAUGAAAAGUCAUUGUGACACAAGCUCUGCCCCUUUUGCAUAUGUCAUGAUGUCCUGAACGUUGUAUCUUCAGCAUUAUUUGUGGUUUAUUUUAUUCAUUUAUUCUUUGCAUUUCUGAACUGCAUAUCAAAACGUUGAACCUUCAGCAUUAUUUGUGGUUUAUUUUAUUCAUUUGUUCUUUGCAUUUCUGAACUGCAUAUCUCCUUCAAAGAAGAUCCAUAUUAGGGCAUCCUCAGGAUGGCAAAAAAUUGGUACAAAAGUUCCUUUUUUAUAUGGCUUCUGUGCAAGAUGUCCAUGUAAAAGGGACAGAGCAUUCUUUGCAUAGGUGUGACUGCCAUCAACUUUUUUGAUAUCAGGUUCCAACUUAAACACCUUAAUAUAUUUCACUUUUCUAUGCAACAUUUUUUCUUACAUUGUCUCUUAAUUGUAAGAGACAAAAUAAAAAAAAGCAUAUACUUCCUUCAGAGUAGAAAUAUGAGUGUUGGAAAGAUUCAGCCAUAUCACAUUUCAUAAAGGAUCCUAAAAAUCCAUAUAUAACUUGGGCCAUACUUCACCUCUUCUGUGUGAAUAUUACCUAUUUCCAUAAAUCUGUUAGGAAAAACAACAGGGUGGUGGACGUUCUUAGUAUUUAUGUAUGAGUAAAACAGGAUGUAGAGUUGGAAAUGAAACUACUCUUGUAAAAUUUCUUUUAUAUAAUUUGUUUAAAAAUAAUUAUUUGGAUUCUUUCCAAAAGAUGAAUGUUAAGGUUUUAUGUAGCCAGAAGUGGAUACAUUAAAAAACGUUUAUUUUUAAUCUUCCUAUGAAA